UGGAAGAAUCCCUCCAGCUCUCUCCCUGCACAGCUCGGAGCUGUGGCUUUGCCCAGACCUGAGUCUCACACUAACUUACACAUUUAUAUUCUUCAAAUCAUUUGUGCUAAAGGAAUUUCAAGCAAAAGUUCAUUUAGUUCUUAUUCCGGGGAAAGCAAAGUUAAACAUGUCUGUGAACAGCAGGAAAAGCCCUGGACGACCAAAUUACUAUUACCGGCUGCUGGGACAUACACAGCUACACAGACAGAGGAGCAGGUCUAGGAGCCGCAGCAGACUUGCAAGACGGGAUUCGCCACCUGAACGGUCGGCUAGGAGGCGCAGCAUGCCAGGAAGCUCCUCAGAAAAGAGCCCCAGUAUGGAGUCCACAGCCACCACCCAAUUCAGAGUGACGGGGUUCCUCAGCCGUCGGCUCAAAGGCUCCAUCAAACGGACAAAGAGCCAGCCAAAGCUUGACCGAAACAGCAGCUUCCGUCACAUCAUACCUGGCUUCAGGAGUGUUGACAAUGACAGGAGUGAUCACCGCAAUUUCAGUGGAAGAGAAGAACCGGCAUCACAGGGAGGAUCGGAGCCAUGUAAUCGGUCACAUCUAAUGCCGAGGCUGAAAGAAUCGCGGUCCCACGAGUCUUUGCUCAGUCCAAGUAGUGCGGUUGAAGCCCUUGAUCUAAGCAUGGAAGAGGAGGUUGUAAUAAAGCCUGUUCACAGUAGCAUCCUUGGACAGGAUUAUUGUUUCGAGGUGACUGCUUCGUCAGGAAGCAAGUGUUUUUCGUGCCGUUCUGCAGCAGAACGCGAUAAAUGGAUGGAAAAUCUGCGGCGUGCUGUGCACCCAAAUAAGGACAAUACUAGAAGAGUAGAGAAUUUGUUAAAACUCUGGAUUAUCGAAGCCAAGGACCUACCAGCCAAAAAGAAAUACUUGUGUGAAUUAUAUCUGGAUGAUGUACUUUAUGCACGGACUACCUGCAAACUGAAAACUGAUAAUGUAUUUUGGGGAGAGAACUUUGAAUUCAACAACCUCCCAUCUUUAAAGAGUAUCACAGUGCACUUGUACAAGGAGACAGACAAGAAAAAAAAGAAAGACAAAAACAAUUACGUUGGGCUGGUGAACAUCCCCAUCGCAGCUGUUACGGGACGCCAAUUUGUGGAAAAAUGGUACCCAGUUGUGUCUCCAAACCCAAGCAAAGGAAAGUCGUCUGGUCCCAUGAUCCGUAUCAAAACUCGAUAUCAGAGUAUUAGCAUACUGCCCAUGGAGCUGUACAAGGAGUUUGCAGAAUACAUCACAAAUAACUACAUGGUGCUCUGCUCGGCUCUAGAAGGGGUUCUUAGCGUGAAAAAUAAGGAAGAGAUGGCAUCUGCACUGGUCCACAUUUUACAAAGCACUGGAAAAGCCAAGGACUUCCUUACAGACCUAAUGAUGUCUGAAGUUGAUCGUUGUGGUGAAAAUGAACAUCUCAUAUUUCGGGAAAACACUCUGGCCACAAAAGCAAUUGAGGAAUACCUAAAACUGGUGGGGCAGAAGUAUCUGCAGGAUGCAUUAGGAGAAUUUAUUAAAGCCCUGUAUGAGUCAGACGAAAACUGUGAGGUGGAUCCUGGCAAGUGCUCCUCAUCUGAUCUUGCUGAGCAUCAGAGCAAUCUGAAAAUGUGCUGUGAAUUGGCAUUCUGCAAAAUCAUCAACUCCUACUGUGUGUUCCCAAGAGAACUGAAAGAGGUCUUUGCUUCAUGGCGACAAGAAUGCAAUAGUCGAGGACGGCCAGAUAUCAGUGAGAGACUUAUCAGUGCUUCCUUGUUCCUUCGUUUCCUCUGCCCAGCCAUCAUGUCCCCUUCGCUAUUCAAUCUUCUCCAGGAAUAUCCAGAUGACCGGACAGCGCGCACCUUAACCUUAAUUGCUAAAGUUACGCAGAACCUCGCCAACUUCGCAAAAUUCGGAAGUAAAGAGGAAUAUAUGUCAUUUAUGAAUCAGUUCUUGGAACACGAAUGGACAAAUAUGCAGCGAUUCCUGUUGGAAAUCUCUAAUCCUGAAACAAUUUCCAAUACUGCCGGUUUUGAGGGAUACAUAGACUUAGGACGGGAGCUGUCAACCUUGCACGUGCUGCUGUGGGAAGUGAUCUCUCAGCUGGACCAGGGUACAGUGAAUAAACUGGGACCUCUUCCUCGUAUUCUAAGAGACGUAAACACAGCACUGAGCAAUCCAUCCAGUGCGCAGGGCUCAGUCACAAGUGAUUACUCAGCCUCAACGCCAAAUGCGAGCAACAGUAUUUCCGUUGGGCUUCAGAAGAUGGUAAUUGAGAAUGACUUAUCUGGUCUAAUAGAUUUCACAAGGUUACCAUCACCAACUCCUGAAAACAAGGAAUUAUUUUUUGUCACAAGGUCUGCUGGGGUUCAGCCCUCACCGGCACGAAGUUCCAGCUAUUCCGAAGCAAAUGAGCCUGAUGUGCAGAUAACAAAUGGCAGCAAGAGUUUGUCAAUGGUUGACCUGCAAGACAAUCGGGUUUUGGACAUUGGCACUAAUACAUCGGGCAUUGGGGACUCUUUAAAUGACAGUCAGACAUCUUUUAGCCAGUUACAAGCGAUAUGGACAGCACGGACACCACAGGGCAAUAUAAUGACAAUGACAACAGCAAGAAGACCAGUACAAACACCUACAACACCAAAUGCAGACACUGCACCAGGAAGACCACAGCUUUUAGCACCUUUAUCAUUCCAAAACCCUGUGUACCAAAUGGCAGCUGGUUUGCCAGUUUCACCACGGGGUUUAGGAGACUCUGGGUCGGAAUGUCACAGCUCUCUCAGUUCUCACAGCAACAGUGAGGACUUGGCAGGAAGUAAACAUGGCUUUAUCAAUCCUGGGAGCAGUGAGGAUUUCAGUAGACGUUCUGGGGAUAUGUCUCGAAGGCAACUUUCUUUAACUGAAAAAACUGGGCAACCCACUAUGCCACGACAAAACAGCUCAGGCCCACAAAGGCGAAUAGACCAACCUCCACCCCCACCACCACCCCCUAUGACAAGGGGCAGAACGCCACCAACGUUACUCAACACAACGCCAUACCCAAGACCUUCUAGUGGCAGUAUGAUGUCCUCUUCCCCAGACUGGCCUGGUAGUGGAGCCAGGAUGAGGCAGCAGUCAUCUUCCUCAAAGGGGGACAGCCCAGAGAUGAAACAAAGGACAGUUCAUAAGCAGGCCCCCUCACCUGUGAACCCCAAUGCAUUGGACCGCACAGCUGCUUGGCUUUUGAAUAUGAAUAUGCAGUUGUUAGAAGAUGAAUUCACUGAGCCAGAGCCCAAGCACAGGGACAGACACAGGAGUAAGGACGAGCUCAGCCAAGCAGAAAAGUAUCAACAAGAGAUAAUGGUACUGCAGGACAAGCUGCGUCUUUCCAACAAGAAAUUAGAAGAUUAUGAAAACCGCUGCAAGAAUCAGGAUGACCAGACUCAGAAAUUACUGUUGGAAUACCAAGCCAGACUGGAAGAAAGUGAGGAAAGGCUACGCAGACAGCAGGAAGACAAGGAGAUGCAAAUGAAAGGGAUUAUAAGCAGAUUAAUGUCUGUUGAGGAGGAAUUGAAAAAGGACCACGCUGAAAUGCAAGCGGCUGUUGAUUCCAAACAGAAGAUCAUAGAUGCACAGGAGAAGCGUAUCGCCUCACUGGAUGCUGCCAAUGCCAGAUUAAUGGGUGCUCUAACACAGCUAAAAGAGAGGUACAACAUGCAGACACGUAAUGGGAUCUCACCCACAAACCCAACUAAAUUGCAAAUCACAGAGAACGGCGAGUUCAGAAACAGCAGUAAUUGUUAACAAACGGAGAUGGCAGAGACAACCCCUCCAUUAACGAACUAAACCAAAAGCCGCACUUGAACAGGAUGGGUCUGCUCCCUCCCCCCAAGAUACCUGCUCAUUACAGCAAGCAGCGCACUUGACUGAUGCAUUGUGGGAGACAGUACUACUAAACGCAAAUGCCAGUGCUUUUGGGAAAUGGAAAAAACAGUUGUUGUACAAAAUAUGUGCCAUAAGAAUACAUAUUUGUAUAUGAAUUUGUCAUUGCUGGUGAAUUAUUUCAGUGUUUUAAUGUUUAAGUAACUGUUGCUCUUUUUCCUUCUCAAACUGGCCAAGAACCUUUUGCCUAAUAAGACCCAAAAGGAUAUAAAGUAAAAUCUAAAUAUGAUAGAAUUAAAAUCUAAGACAUUAAGCAAAGGUA